AUGGUCUUGCAACUGCAUAUAUGGGGGCCGGCCUUUACUUUGCCGUCAAUUGAUGCGCAAUGCCUCGCAGCUAUUGCUUACUGCUCAUUAGCCCUCCCCAAGGGCUCUUGGGAGCUGGUGGCGACUAGUGACCCUUCGGUGUCUCCUACUGGUGAGCUGCCCGCAUUGCAAGAUGGCUCGACAUGGGUGAGCCGCUUCCGCAACAUCGUGGAUUACCUGCGCCAAUACUCGAACGGGGAAUGGGAUCUGGACCGCGAGCUUGACGAAACAGCUCGUGCGGAUAGUAUCGCCUUCUCUUCCUUCGUCGAAUCCCGCGGUCAAGUCCUUAUCGAUCUCUCCCUGUACGUGAGCAGCCAGAACUACUAUGGCAACACAUCACCCGCGUACGGAAACCUUCUUCAAUGGCCGAACCAAUGGAUCCUCCCGCCGAAGCUGCACGGCGCUGCCAAAGCCCGCACCGAACACCUGGGUCUCUCGUCGCUGGACCUACAAGCGAUGGAAGAGCAGCGCCAACGUGAACACUCAGCCGCAGUCGCAGCUGGCCGAGUCCCCAAGGCCCUGAUCGCACGCCCACGCGACACGGUUUCGAAAUUGCUUGGCCGGACGGCGCAGCAGAAUCAUUUCCGCUUGGAGGCGCUGACGGGCGAGUUCUUCGAGCCGCUGGAGGCCAUGCUAGGCAAGAAGGCAUACCUUCUGGCCAAAAAUGAGGACGACGCUCUAUCUAGUCUGGACUGCAUUGCACUGGGAUACCUUUCGCUGGCGCUGGUACCCGAGCUUACCUUCCCAUGGCUGCGAGAUGCUAUGCGGACUAAGAGUCCACAGCUUGCGGCUUAUACAGAACGAGUGCGGCGACGAUGUUUCGGACAGGCACCCGUGGAGGUUGCCCAUGCAUUUUCGCCGCAGUCUACGCCUUCGUCAUCGCUGCCAUGGCGGACUCCGAGCCGUAUCUCCGUUGCGGCUGUCAGUAGCACUCUCCUCGAUACGCUGGCUGAUUCCACCCCACUCCUCCGCAAUCUGCGCAAUUACAACGGAUUGAAGGCGGGUGCUCAGUCCCCAGACGCAGAUCUGUCGGGCCUUGAGCGGGCUGUUGUGUCUCAGGCCGCCGACGCCGGUAAAAAUGACCUCUACGCAUCCGUCGCGGCUGUCGUGGGCGGAGUUGCCUUGUUGGUGGGUUACAUGUUCCACAUUGGCAUGAUCACUCCCUUGGUAAGUGGCCAACAAGAUCACGAGGAGGAGCAAGAAGAGGACGAAGGCACCGAAGGUAUCGUCGAUGCAGGUUCCGCGACCGACUUCCUCAAUAUGGGCAAUAUUGGCGAUUUGGGAAUUGGCUCAUCAUCAUAG